AUGGGUGUUGUUGAUGCUUGCGUUACUGCUAACACUUCAUUAUCAUCACUUGGAGAAGCACUACUGAAGUUUCAACAGAUCAGCAAAAGCAAUACAAUUGGACACACUAAGUGCAAAUGUCUGAAUGCCCAAGGCGGCAUUACUAAGUACCAUGAUGAAUAUAAAUUGCAACUAAAUGACUGCAAAAAUAAAAUAAAAGAACUGAAGGAGGAGCUUGAAGCAAGACUGAACCAGAUACAGGACAAUAUCUCCAUAGCAGCAGAUUUAUCUCAAAUCAAUGAAAGGAUGACAUGUACCGAGUGCAAUACAUUUAGAUGCUCUCGGAGGCAAGAACUGAUACACCAUCUGGAGUGUGUUCACCAACGGAAAAUGGAGUGCAAAGAAAUGACAUUUAAUUCUGUGGAAGAGUUCUUUCUGUGGAAGGAACAGAUGGAAACUGAAGAAAAGGUUUCCUUCAUAAGACCAAGUGGAAAAAAGAAAUGUGAUUACUUUGUUUGUCACCGCUCUGUAUAUGCUGACAAAACAGCUUCAGGCAGAAGGUUAAACGAACCUUCAAUCAAAAUUGGUGGCACCUGCCCUACCUGUUUGGUAGUCAAAAAUUUGUCGUCUAACGUGGUUAAUGUCAAGUUGUACAUGACACACACAGGACACAGUCUCUCUGUGGGUAGCCUACAUCUGACCACAGCUGACAGGGCUAUGGUUGCUGAAUUAAUUGCACAAGGUGUUCCUGAUACUACAAUUUUGAAGAAAGUGAGAGGGAACAUUCAAGUUGGACUCUUCAGAACAGUUCAUCUUUUAAGCAAACAAGAUAUUAGAAAUAUUAGGAAAGAAUACAAGCUGGACUAUAGUGCUGCACAUCCAGAUGGUGCAACCAUUGUAGAGCUGUGA